CGCGCUGCGGCGCAAGCCCGUGUUCGCCACGCGCCUCACCGACCGCACGGCCGCGCAGGGGUCGCGCGUGUCGCUGACGUGCGCCGUGCUGGGCGCGCCCGAGCCCUCGGUGGCGUGGCUGCGGGACGGCCUCCCGCUGGACCUGGGCCUCCAGCGCCGCAAGUACCGCGCGCGCUGCGAGGACGGGCUCGCCGCCCUCGACGUGCUGGACGCCUCGCCGGCCGACGACGGCGAGUACACGUGCGUGGCGCGCAACGCCCACGGCGAAGCCGCCUCCUCGGCCACGCUCAAGGUGUACGCGGGCUUCGAGCCCGCGCCCUUCCCGCCCACCUUCACGCGCCCCAUCAAAGACUCGUACCACAGCGCCGACGACGAGCUGGUCCUGGAGUGCCGCGUGCGCAGCGAGCCGCCGCCGCGCGUCUCGUGGCUGCUGAACGGCGCGCCGCUGCCCGCGGCCACGCGCUUCCAGAGCGCGCAGCUGGCGGACGGCGUGUGCCGCCUCACCGUCCACGCGCCCGAGCCGGCCGACUCGGGCAAGUACACGUGCCGGGCCGAGAGCGCCUGCUGGAGCGACCAGAUCUCGGCGCACGUCGACUUCGC